AGGUAGAGCAUUAAGCUUUCAAACUCUUGCAGUCAUGGUGAAGGGCAGUCGCGCGUCAAGCUCAAGCAGCGCCAACUAUGCCAGGCAGUGGUCGCCGCUGACGCUAGCCACCUUGCGCAAUAUAAGAGAACGUCCUCAGCAGAAGUGCAAUAAGAGGAAACCAGGGAGCACUGUCAUUUUCCGCGAUCAAUCCGAUUAUGGCUAUGGCUGGUUGCUGCCUGGUUGGGUUGCAGAAGAGCGCCGCAUGCGUACCGGCAGGCGCUAUACGUAUUAUUAUGAUCCAUGGGGACGUCAGUACACCACCAAACGCGAAGUCCUGUAUGGAAUUGUUGAAAAUGCAAAAGUUCAGCUGUUCAACCCCGUUACCAUAUUGGGGGGCAUCUUUGUAUCUCUUGAUCAAUGGCAUGCAAAUUGGUGUGGAAGGACAUAAUAAGAGAAAAAA